AUGCAGAGGUGUCCAGUUCCGGACAUCGAUCGGGCGUUGUCCCCAUAUAUCAACACACGCGAAGAGACAUUGAGAGUGCGCCGUACGCUUUCCAGAUACCUGACUGCUUCCCUUCGACCCGUCAAUGCGGCGACUCAAAAUCAGCACCUCAAUCACGAGAUCCCACACAACCUUGGUGCGGUCGGUACAAAUCCUCCAGGACUCAAAGGUUCCCGCGGUGCAUAUCUAGAAGCAAUCAGGAGUAAAAAGGCUGCCCAGGCGAAACUCGAGAGACUCCAAGCUUCGUUGGAAGAACUUCAGCAACGCCAUGUCGUCGAGUCCUCUGUCAAAGUCUCUCCUCAAGAAACCGACGUGGCCCAAAGCUACAUAACCCUGCUUCGACAGCGGCGUCGAUUUGCAGAAAUUGAGAUUGUACAGGCAUCUCUUGAAAAACUACUCAACGUGAACCCCAUCGAAGGCCUAAAGGAUCCGCGCGAUCUUGUCAAGGACUCGAUCGGUGAGCAACCCAGUCUCCCUGCGGAACGUUUCGAGAGUCUGGCACAUGCUGAGAAUAGCGCCUCGUCUAUUCUGAAGCUGAAGAACGAGGUUCUUGAGGCAAGAUCGAGCAUGGACCGGGCAAGGGCGGCACGAAACGAAGUACACGGCGCAUCGCAGGAUGUACCCAGUCUGGCUGUGCAGGUAUAUGCGCUCAGUCGUGCGCGAGAAGAGAUUGUAGAAUGGGUGCAGGGCGAAUUGUCUAAGAUGGAUGAAGAAUCUGGGUUCAUUGAAGAUGCUUCCCCGGUCAAGCGGCCUGUUGCCCAGCCCAACGGCCAGGAUCUCGCUUCAUCGGAAUCUCAAAUCCGGAGUUGCUACAAUCAAUACACAGCAUCCCGCGCAAAUGCUAUCGAGGGGCACCAUUCUUUCCAGCAACCUCCAGCGACACGCCAAGGAGAGCUUGAGGAGGCCAAACAAGAUACCUACACCACGGCUCAGAAUACUACAAGUGGGAGCUCCAAGGUUCUCGUCGCUAGCCUUCUCCCUCAUCUAUCGCAUCUCGCUCGGCACCAUACUAAUGAGCGCCUUAUGCUCUUACAAACCCUCUAUCUGCAAAAUCAGAUAUCAUCUGCGGACGAGGCAAUGGGCGAUUCGCUAGCGAGACUCGCUGACGAAAGCCAUCUUCUACCGUCCGGGUCGCGAGGGAUCGAGCCUUGGGGCACGGCCGUUGCCGAGCUCGAGACACGCAACUUGGAGUCCGUUGAAGAGCGCUUGCACAGCAGCCGAUCGAAUAUCAACAACAUCGCUACUAUCAUAGAUCUCUGUUCUCUCCAGAGCAAAGUACUGGAUUCAAUUUAA